AUGGCUUCUAAUGCACCCCUUAAUCAGUUCAAGAUGAAGGUGACGCUGAAGAGUUCAGAUGGGGAUAUGUUCGUGGUGGAAGAAGCAGUGGCAAGGGAGUCGCAGAGUAUCCUCCACAUGCUCCAGGAUGGAUGCGGGGAUGGCGUAAUACCUCUUCCCAAUGUCAACACCAAGAUUCUGUCGAAGGUCAUUGAAUACUGCGAGAAGCACUCCAGAAGUGGAAGUUCCGACGAUAAGCGUGUCGAGGAGCUCAAGAAUUGGGACGCGGAUUUCGUGAAGGUUGAUCAGGCCACCCUCUACGAACUCAUGCUGGCUGCUAACUAUCUCAACAUCACUGGGCUGCUGGAUUUGACCUGCAAAACUGUUGCCGAUAUGAUAAAUGACAAGACUCCGGAAGAAAUCCGCAGGACACUUAACAUCAAGAAUGACUUCACACCUGAAGAGGAGGCGGCGGUUCGCAGGGAGAAUUUUUGGGCGUUGGACUGA